CAAACUCCGUAGAAUCGGGGGUCCCUGCUCCAUCUCGCCAUCAGUUUGGGGUCCUUGGCCUGGAACACGUGCCCCUGUUCUACGGUUAGGUAUUUGGUAAUUACACAGUUGAGUUAGCACCUACACGAGCCCUUCUCUCGAGGGUCUACUCAAAGCAUUAACACCAGCUGGAUUAUGUAACUGAACUAUAGAAUGUUCCACAUUGUAAAGAACUGAAUUACUAGACUCACAUUGGGUUUCAUGCAUUAGAAGUGUUCAUUGGAGUAAACCGCUCCCGCGCACGCACACGUGUAUGUUGAAAGGCUGUGCAGGUGAUACCAGGUGCUGUAAGUACUUUAAAAUUAACGUGUACGGUGCAUCCGGAAAGUUCGGUGUCUAUUUCAACAUUUUAUGUUGCAGCCUUAAUUUCAAAAUGGAUUCGUUAGAUUUUUUUCCUCAAUUCACACAAUAACACCCCACAAUAAUACGGCGAAAGAGCUUGGUUACAUGUAUUUAAAAAGAACAAGAAUAUUCCAUGUAGUAUUCACGGGCUUUGCGCCUUUGUUGUGCUACGCGCGUCAACAUCCGGGACCCAAAUUGUGACCUUCACAAUAAGAUCCCACUGCGAUGCCUCAAAAUGCUUUAAAAGCUCUUCCAUCAUUGCCCGAGUGUUCUUGCUUUCUCUCACCAAAGUAACUUUCCUGUAGUAAUUGUCCAUGUAAAUGUUUGUAUAUAUUCUUUACAUGUAUGAAUUAAUAUUACUUAACGUCAGGUUUCGGUGGCGAUCGCCAAAAAAAGGACCGGAAACGGCGUCACGCCGCAAAUGACCGGUUUAGGAACACCUUUCUUAAGCGAUUUAGACACCUUUUAACAAUUCAAGUGGACGUCAUGAGCAAUGUGAAUGAACACAGCAGACACACGUACGGGGUCUAUUUUCUCUAAGCUAGCUGAAUGCGAUACACACCAUUUGGUGGCUAUAACUAUUUUGUACAGCAGCUUACUAUUUACUUACUAUUUAUAAUGUUGCUCCCAGCCGUAUUACAAAAGCCCAACAACACACUUGAAUAGCACGUUAUCGGACGAUAAAGUAGAGCCUCUCGUACCUUAUUGCUUAAAUGAAGGGGCCACCCGCCAUUAAUGACGGAAGUGGUUUUCCGUUAAUCUCCGUAACCAAGGAGACGGCAGCUUUGAGGCAAACGGCCCGCGCGUGAGCUUCGGCCGCUAGCGGAGGCCGCUGAGAGGAAAGUCGCGCAUUUACCACUCAGACCCCGUCAGAAGGCAGCGGACGUCGUUCGGGUUUACUGUUGGACUUUUACUCCGCCAGAGAAAAUCUCCCAUCAGCGGCAUGUUUACCGACGAAGCCCAGGAGCCAGUGAGCAUCCGCUCUGCGUGGAGGACGUCUCAGCAGUCAGCGCAGGACUCGAUCGGCUGUCAGACCCGAGCUGUGCACAGUGCUGAGGCUGAGGUCCAGACUCUGUCGACCGCCGUCAGCUGGACCCAAACGCAGCCACACGACGAGGCCCAGGAGCUGCUCCUCCAGCCCGCCGCUGACCGGCUGGACCCGCCCGGCCUCAAGGCCUUCCUGCAGCGGGUCGAGGACACGGUCAUCAGAGAGCUGGACCGAAAUGGCAGGAGUCACGCCUUUGAUGAAUUCCAGGUGAACUGGGAAGAUCAGAGUCAGCCGGUUUCAUGCCUCCAUUGCCUUCAACAUCCCAGCGCUCAAGAGAGAGGUCUUCAUGUAACCAGUGUGUCCUGGAGCUGUACAGGCUCAGUUAUUGCCUGUGCCUUUGGUCGGACUGACGAUGGCGACUGGAUCACUGAGCCCUCGUGUGUUUGUACGUGGAACCUGGACCGUCGCGGUCUGAAUCCCAAACAAGCAGACCUGGUCAUCGAUGUUGCCACUGCGGUGACGGCUCUGUGCUGUCAUCCCCAGCAGCCCGCCCUCAUCGCAGGUGGUCUUUACAGUGGAGAGGUGGUGGUCUGGGACACCAGUCGGACUCAGGACCCUGUGCUGGUCCAAACUGGGAUGUCGGCAGACAGCCACAGGGAGCCCGUCUAUCAGGUUGCCUGGGUGCCUCUACAGAAGGCGGGAGAGUUUGGGGUGCUCAGCGCGUGUUCAGGAGGACGGGUGCUGCUGUGGACGGGGGACCUGAACGAGGGCCGGUUUGUCCUUAAUGCUGCCUACGCCCUGGUGCCACAGCAGGUUCCCCACAGCAGCUACGUCAGCUUCAAGGCCCGAGGCAGCAGCACCGUGGGCGUCACCUCGCUGGCUCUGUCCCCUUGGGACCCGGACACCUUCUUGGUGGGUUCCGAGGGCGGCCUGCUGCUGCGAUGCUCCUUCUCCUCCCAGACGCCAGCGGCGGUGCCCUCUGAAGGCCACAACGUGACACUGAGAGCCCCGGCGGUCUUCGUGUUUAGGCCCCGCAGCGGCCCCGUCCACUCCAUACACUGCUCCCCUUUCCACAGGAAUCUGUUUGUGAGUGCGGGGACUGACGGCCGGGCCCACCUCCACUCCCUGCUGCAGGCCGACCCACUGCUCUCCCUCAGGGUGUCCGACUCCUCUGUGUUCCAGGUGCAGUGGUCCCCAAGCAGACCACUGGUGUUCGCAGCAGCCGCUGCACAAGGUGAGGUGCACAUAUUUGACCUGGGCCGCAGGUCCCUGAGGCCGGCAGCCACCAUCGAGCAGGGAGGUGCGGACCAAGCGGCAACUUGUUUGGCCUUCAACAGCCAGAACUCUCACCUCUUGGCAUUGGGGAGAACAAAUGGGACGGUCUGCAUUUGGCAGCUGAGCCACGAUUUGACGGAGCAGAGUCCCCGAGAGAUCAGCCAGCUGGAGCAGAUCGCCAAUCAGGUGGCAGCAUGAGAAGCACGGACAGUUGAAAAAUUGCCACAUUUUUGUGAUUGACGAGGAUUUCUGUGAACUGUUUUCUGAAAAAUAAAAAUCUGAACAACUCAA